AUUCAUGAGCAAAGUGUAGAGAUCCUGCAAAGCAAGAAUUCCCUUAGAAACAAAUAGUCAUAUUAAGUGUCCUUUAUUUGAUCAACAAUGAAGAUUGUCAGAACCAGCUUCCAUAUUUGUUUUUCCUUGGGGAUAUUUUUCCUCAUGCUACUCAACCAUGCCAAUGCUGAAUAUAGAAAUUAUCCGACGAUGAACGAUAAUCUAAGCCCAUUUGAGGGUUGGAGGAGCGCUUACUUCUGCAUGCUGAAUCACUCAAGUGCUUGCACUGGACAAUACACAAAACUAUCACUAGCUGGAUAUCUAAACGUGUCAAACACUGAGAUCAACAACUUCUGUCAAAAGGGUUGCUAUGAUCACACCUUAUUGGUGUUGAAGUGCAUACAAGAUGUCAAGAGAGACUUCAUUUUCGCGACCAAAGCUAAUGUCUCGGUUGUCAAGAAUAUGACUGUAAAGGCAUGCGCUAAUCUUCAAGGUUUUAGCACAAACUAUACGGCAAAUGCCUAACUGAGGCAUAUGGUCACAAUAGCAUUCGCUGCCACAUUUGUGUGUCAGUAUAUUUGAAUGGAUAUGGAGACAGAUGAUGAGACUGGCUUGAAAGCUUUUACAAGGACAUUGUUAGGGUCCGGAUGUUGGAUGUUGAGUCUUUUUAUAAUUCAAUAUGUAUUCAUACAAAAAAAAAAAUAAGCUGUCAUAUCGUAGUCUAGAUUAUUCUCGGUAAGAUUAUAUAGACCAAUAAAAAAUGAAAAGACAAAUUUAAUCGAAACAAUAAUUACUUUCUAUAUA